ACGAAAACAGCGACAUUAUAAAUACAAGUUACGGCCAGCCGCGCUGAGUGUGUGAGUGGACGCCAUAGACAGCGCCGAGACCGGGAAAUUUUGACAUUUGCAUUCGGAAAAUCUGCCGCCAUGUUCGUUUUGAAGACACUACUAUUCGCUGCUGUAUGCGCAUGCGCAUCAUCACAGCAAGGGCCAACAACGACUCCUGUUCCUAUCUUAAAGCAGAUAAACAGGCAGAAUGAUGAUGGCUCCUACAGCUUUGGUUAUGAAGCAGCAGAUGGGUCCUUCAAGAUAGAAACAAAGUACCCGAAUGGAGAUGUUGCAGGGAAAUAUGGAUAUGUUGAUGAAUCCGGCAAAACUAGGGAAGUGUCGUAUGGCGCCAGCAGUCAGAGAGGAUUUGAACCAGAAGGCACGGGCAUAAUGGUACCACCACCAACACUUAACGAUCCGUCAAGCCACAACGCCUUAACCGACGGCCAAGAAGACGAUGGCCAGUACCGGGAGGACCCAAAAAUAUACGAAGACCCCAAAUACAACGGCCGAACACAAAACCGACCAGCUUCCUUCAGGCAGUUCCAGAAAGCAGUAGAGCAACCACAACCGCAACCACAAACUUACCAACAGCAACAGACAUACCAACAGCCACAGACUUAUCAACAGCCACAGUCUUACCAACAGCCACAGACUUACCAACAACCACAGACUUAUCAACAGCCUCAGUACCAGCAACAGAAUUACCAACCAAACUUCCAGUUCCAAUCUUCACCUCAACGUUCAAACCUUUUCUCCCAGCAAACAAACCUUGAUGUUCAGUCUCCGCAAACCUUUCCACAAAGCCAGGUCUUUCACCAGCAGCCCCAAUUCUCCUACCAGGCAUAUACCCCACAACCUUACCAGAACUACCAAAGCCAGAACUUACAAAACCAGAACUUCAACCCAUUCUCCGGACAUCCAGCUCAAAACUUUGACCCCAGUACUGGGUCAUACUCUAUUAACUUCACUGGUUAAGCUUUUAAUUACAAUGGAGAUUUAAGUCAAGACUUUCGUUUAUAGUAUACAAAAUAAUACACGUAAUACCUAAAGUAUAUUUAUAUCAGAAAAGAAAUUCAUACAAUCCCUAACUCUGUUUAAAAUGCCUUAAACAUUUAAAGCCAUUCAGAGAUGUUGAGAGGUUUACUAAUGAGGCAAUAUAAUUUUAUGUAAAAUAAUUAAUUUCACUGUUUUUAUUUAGUAUAACUAGCGCAAGAAUGAAUCCCUUAUAAUCUUUGUACUGAUAUAGUGGCAAUAAGUUAUGAUAGAUACACAUAACACUCGAGUAUAUAUUAUUCUAUAAUUUAUUCUCUCUUGUACUACGUAUAAACAUAUAUAAGUAAAUAUAUAUUUAAUAAAUGUUAGGUUGUAGACAAAAUGUUUUCAUAUGUUUAGAUGUUAGUUAACUAGUCAAUUUAAGUAAUUUGAAUUGAGUAAGUGAUAUUUAAACUAACUCUGUUUAUAAACAUCACUCUACAUCUUUAUUUUAUCCAGAUUGUUCACCAUAUUUUAUACUAAACAUAUACAACUUGUGAUUUUGUAAAUUCGUUAUAAAUUCUCGGAUCAAAAAGCGUUCAUUUACCACAUGUAUUUUCACUGAAUUCUAUAUAAAGUACGCAUGCGUCAGGACUAAAAUAAUAAUAGUGAUACCUUAACGCAAUUUAGUUCGAAACUAUUUUUAAUAUAUUAACUUCGAUUAUAUUUUACAAGGCGUAAAAUAUAAAUCGCCCUAGGUUUUAUAAUUUUAUACCAUGUACCAUAUUAUGUUUAAGAAAGUUAAUAUUCGAAUGGAAUUUAGUUUGCAUUUGGAAACGUGAUGGGGUUACGAAUGUUCAAUAAAAACUUAUGUAAUA